AUGGCCAUCAAAUCUUUUCUCUUAGUCAGCCUGCUAUGGCUAUCGCUUGCAGUCUUCUAUGCCAGCGCCGACCCACCGCCCAUCGGAACUCCAAAUACAACGAUGACGACGCUAGUUAGAAGGGCCUCGCCAUCACCGACAGCGGCUGCCGACAUCGCAAUCGAAUCCACCCCGAGCUCUAAACCUGAGCGCACAUGCGUUCGCGAGGCGCUCGUUGCACUGGCGAACUGGCGCCAGCACUGCGAUCAGGGUGGCAUCUCGCCCCCUAAGUGCUGGACACGCGCUCCCAGUAUCGAACGCUGCUGCGGCCAGUGGGUGGACGUCCACGACCGGAAGUACAAGGACUACCCACCGAUCCGAAACCGCAAGGAAGUCAAAACUGGGGAGUCAUCAUGGGAGUGGCGGUGGGAUCCCAAGGUCGACAAAAAGGGCCACCGCGAGGUCAUUCUGCAGACUCUGGAGGGAUAUCACUCGAGCAAGAGGGAGUGCGAGCGCUGGCGGGUGGAGAGUGAGUUUGGUUUCUUGGGCUUCUAUGAGCACCUGCAUGAGUAUGGAAUUUGUGAUGCAGACAAAAGUGGGAGGGCUCUCGACAGCAGUGUGGAGAGAUACGACCCUGAGGGAAAGGGCUAUUACGACGACGGCAACCCGAGUUAUCCCUCCUGGGCCCCUGGAGGAUGGUAG